ACUGAUGAACCUCCGUGGUUGAUAUAAAAACCUAGAUGAAAACGCAUUUCAACAUUCAGUCACGUUAUUUGAUAUUGUUAAGUUGUAAAGAUGGCUCCCUCAAAAUCCUCAGGUUUCCGGGUGGCAUGUAUUCAGAUGAGUGUCGUGAACGACAAAGCUAAAAAUUUAGCCGUUGCAGUAACACGUAUAGAGCAAGCGAAACAAAACGGUUGCACAUUAGCCAUACUGCCAGAAUGUUUCAACGGACUAUACGAAAUUGAUCUAUUCAGAAAAAAUGCCGAAGUCAUUCCUAGCGGAGAAACUUGUAAAGCUUUGUCUCAAGCCGCCAAAUCAAAUCAAAUUUAUGUUGUGGGUGGUUCAAUCCCAGAAUUGUAUAAUGAUAAAGUCUAUAAUACUUGCACAGUUUGGGACCCUAAUGGAAAAUUGAUUGCGACACACAGAAAAGUGCAUUUGUUCGAAGUAAAUAUUCCUGGUAAAACUUGCUAUAGGGAAGUUAAUGGUAUGACCCCAGGAAAUACGUUGAACACGUUUCAAUUGGACAGAUUUAAAGUUGGUCUAGGAAUCUGUCACGACAUUAGGUUUCCUGAAAUGGCAGAAUUAUACCGAAAACAAGAAUGUGAUAUGUUAAUUUACCCUGGUAACUUUUGUAUGAAUCUUGGACCUUUACAUUGGAGUCUACUUACCAGAAGCCGUGCAUUGGAUACCCAGACAUUCGUAGCUUUCGUUUCGUCAGCCAGAGUCCCUCAUCCCACCUACAUAACAUAUGGUCAUUCACAGAUUGCGAAUCCAUGGGGUGAAGUAAUAGGUGAAGCUGAUGAAAAAGAUACGGAUUUAUACGUUGAUCUCGACUUCAGUGUACGGGAAAACAUGAGGCAGCAAGUACCCACCGAAAAACAAAAAAGAAACGACAUUUACGACGUAAUCCUAAAGAAAAAUUAAUUUUUGGUAUACUUUUGUAGAUCAUAAGAUAAGGACAUAAAAGUAAAUGGACAAAUUAAUUUAAGAUUCAAAAAUUAUAUACAAUAUGGAAAACUAUUAAAAAUCAAUAAAAACAUGUAGAUA